AUGACAGGCUGGUGGUGGGGUGGAGGGGGUAGGUUUGCUGCUAGGAGGGGAGCAGGGCGAGCACGCAGGGCUGCUGUUCUCUCAGUCUGUGAUUCCACAGCUUCCCAAGUGUUUCUUCAGACCACGAUGCGGACUGUGGCCGAAGCUCUGUUCUGGUGCUCCUUGAUCAACCUCCAGUCAGUCCUCACCCUCCAAGCUUCUUCCUUCCCCAGCAACCCUUUCCCAGGACCCUUCCCCAAGUUGACCAAGAACUUUAUCUUCUCCACGACCAGCGUACUACCGGAGGAUCUGGAGGUUUCAGUUCUCAUACCUUCCAGCAGCAACUCCACAUAUCUCCACCUCCAUCACGCCAAUGGUCCUCUCACUCUCAUCAUCAGACCGUGCAGUGGAAUUGUCAACUCCACCGUCUACCACAUACCCCAGUCAAACACUUCAGGCUUCUUAAAGGACUAUAUAGGAGGCAGAUCGGAGUCAUCUCUGGCCAUGUCUCGGGGGAGGUCCCAGCACGUCUACUCUUGGGCCUCCGCCCCAGCGGGUCUCUACCUUCUGGACCUGGUGGCCGAGGGACGAGACACCCAGGUCACCCUCUAUGCCACCAAACUACCCGGAGUGCCCGCUGUGUUGAGGAUCCGCCAGACUCCCAGGUUGAGGCUACAACCUCGUCUUCAUCGGAACAAAGUGACUCUCCGCUGGGAUCAGAGUGUGGUGGAUCCUCAAAUGAUGCACUACUUUGUCGUGGUCAACUCCAGACAAAACUUCUCUAGUCUGUGUGAGGCUAAACAGCCUGUGGAAGGAGUGAACAUUCUGUAUCUCAGCGAGAAACCUUCCAGUCAGGAAAAUAAGGUACACAAGAAGGAUAUCGGAGUCAGUAACCACUUCAGGGCCAUUGGCACAGUACUGGAUAAGGAUGAUGUUUUGAUUACCAAUGUCAGUGCCGAACGCAGCUUCACCAUCAGCAGCCUACAGAAGGGAAGGGAUUACUACUUCAAUAUAUUUGCGAUGAACAAAGAUACCCAACUCAGCUUUCUUUAUGCGAACGCAGCCUUUAAGUAUGAGAUGAAGCUACGGCCAACAGGGCUAAAGGAUAACAAACCUGUCACUGUUAAUAUCAGGAAAAUGGGAGGAAGAGCAUUGUUUCGUUACAAGGUGAGGGCCGGUCAGGCAGGUGCCGUAUCCACACUCCGCUGGCAUGUGAUGCCGUGUGGAGGCUCUGUGGUGGUGGAGGUGAGACUACGCAGACAGACUGUGCUGCCCAGGCUACUGGUGGAGGGAUACAAGCUACUGCAGGUCCCCAACGUGUUGCCUGGACAACGCUACACUCUCAUAGUCUUCGUGCCCGAUGCUCGUCAGAUGCGACAGAUACUCGGGGUGGAGGUCCUAGCAACUACGAAGCCAUCGCUGAUGCCACUGCUACCAACAGAAGCUAUGGUCCACGAGUACUCCGAGAUGAGAACUUGCGAGUCUAUCACUGUUGCUUGGAUGCCUGUCACCACACAGUCAGUCAGGUAUUGUGUAUCUGCUUCUCCAGUUCCAGUGGCAGAGUCGGAGGCACAUUUCCACCCAAGACCCAACCAAUGCAACCUCGACUACAGACUCCGCACACAGCUUGACUUUGCCGUCAAACAUUGUCAGGACUUCUCAGCGAACGAUCACAGGAAUGUUUUAGUACAGACAAUAUCAAAACUUCGUCCUGGCAAGGAAUACCUUAUACAAGUCACUGUCAAGAAAAUCAAGGGAAAAGCAUUGUCCUACGACCUGUUACGAGCGAGGACGAAAUCAAUUUGUUAAGUGCAAGUGUAUAUUCUCAAUUGAUGUAUAGACUGAUUUAUUGAUUGUACUUAAUCCUAUCUAUUAUUAUUAGUAUUAUUUAUUGAACAACUUAGUGCCAAACAGUUUUUUAUUUGUUAUAUUUAGUUAUUGUAAGCAGCUAUUUGUGAAUAAGUGAACUAUUUUUGUAC